AUGAGGAGAUCAGCUACCAGACUGGAUGAACGCAGAGCUGAGCGCACAGCCACGAGCGAAAGAAUUACUUCGGGACGUAAUAGGGAUAGAGACGAUCAUUACAGGGAAAAAGACGAUCACUACAGGGAAAAGAGUCGAAGAGAUGAUAAGGAAAAAUCCACCUCCAGCUCCAGCUCCAGCUCCAGCUCCAGCGCUAGACGUAGUGGCAGCAGCAGAACAGACGUAAAUCCCAUCCCAAAACCCAAACACGACGCUAAACUGGAAUGGGUCGAAAAGCAAGCACGUCGCCGUGCCAAAGAGGAGAAUGAUUCGAUAGAUAACUGCGUGGAUAGAAUUCUUAGGGAACAGGAGAGGAAUGAGGCAAAAAAUAGACCUUUGUGGGAUUGGUCGACACAGAGGAUAAAAGAUUGGUGCAAGAAGGAAUCCGGGGGUGAUGCUGAUCGUGAGCGAAGGCUUUGGGACAGGUAUAAGUGA